AGCACAAGGGAUCCGCGCGGGCCGAUGCUCUCUGUCGUCGAUCUCGCCAUCGCUCGCCUCGCCUUGGCAUACUUUGUCGUCGGCGAUAUCAACAUUGCAUCGCAUCCCGGCAGCCAUAACGGACCAACACGAGCAGACGAUACCGGCCAAGCGGCCCGAGACAGGCUCGCCUCCCGGGCCCAAGCGCCUCAAAUCACUCGCAGCGAGCCUGUUGUCGAUCGAACCGAUAUCGACUCCUGCGGAUGCCAGCACCCACGACGGCGUUGCUCAAAGCGUCGUCCUCCACAGCCCCGAUGGGCAGCAUCGCAUUCCUGCUGAGUCGGACCCAGCCCUGGAUCUGAGGUGCUUCAACAUCAGGCCUAUCGUUUCCAAUCCAGAGAUGCCCCCAACGGAUGCUCCUCAGCUCGCUGGCAUCGACGCAGAUGCCGAAAUCGAUCCCGUGGCCCUAUUUUCGUAUCAGCAGCCAUGGCCGCAGCCGGGCGAUCCGCUCUGCUGCGUCUGCGGCCGGUACGGCGCAUAUAUAUGCGAUGUCACCGACCACGAUGUUUGCUCGCUGGAAUGCAAGGCUGCCGAUCUUGAACAGUAUCUCCGGACGAUUACAGCCCAUCGCUCUGAAGCGCCCGGACAGAGCCGCAAACCGCCGACACCACCCGUGCGCCGAUGGAGAGAGCCCCCGCUCCCUCCUCCGUCGCCUGAGCUGAGAGUCAACCGCUCGCACCUGCUUCGGCUGAUGCGACAGUCCCGGGGCGGUCCUGCUCGAACUGCUCCAUGGACACAGAUCGCAGCGCUGGUCGAGCCAUCCGGGAUAACUGUAGCAUAUGAGGGAACAGAGCCGCUCCCACUGCCAAUCGCAGAGUUCAGUCAGGCCCCUGCCUUGCCAGCAAAGCUACUGAGCAACAUGGCUCUCGCUGGUCUGAGACGACCAGGCCCGACCCAGAGGAUGGCGAUUCCCUCGAUCAUGGACGGAUUAGACGUGCUCCUGACAGCCCCGAACGACGGAGAUCGUAGUCUAUGCUAUAUCAUUCCGGCCAUCUCCUUCUGCGCUGCCAUCUCGACGUACCUCUCUGCAGCCAAGUCGCCAAUACCCCAACACCAGAAGGGUCCCUAUGUCCUCAUAAUGGCGCCGACACGAGAACACUGCGUCCAAAUCGAGGAUCGCAUCAAGGCGCUGGCAAGCGGAAUCGAGCGUCUCAAGACCGUCCUGCUGGCAGGAGGCUGCCCGCUGCCGAAUCAGCUGCACCGCCUCGAACAAGGUAUUCAGAUCGCCAUCGCAACUCCAGGAAGGCUGGCAUCGCUGCUUGCAUCGGACUCGGGCAAACCUUACUUUGAAAGCCUUGCGUUCAUGGUUGUCGACGGCACGGAAGGCAUGAUCGAGGGCAGCACCAAAGAGCAAAUGUCGACGGUUCGCAAGCUGCUUCCAGGAUCCAAGCGCAUCCGAGUCUGGUGUGCGUCGAUGGCAUCGCCGGGGGUCCUUGACCUCUGCAUCAAGCCUGGCCCUGGCAAGAAACCCAAGGCCGGCAUGGCCAAAUCCCACGCCACUGAGACACAUACCCUCUGGAUCCACCUUGGCGCGCAGUUGCCGACUAUUCAGAAUGAAGGCGCCAAAGUUGCAGCGUCGCAUGAGAUAGUACCCGAUAUCCCCGAGAGCGUGAAGCACACGUUUCUGUGGGUUGAGACCCCAUCGAAGCCGAAGCAACUCAUCUCCAUCGUCACAGACACAAAGUACUUUCGUCCGCAGCAGCAGCGACUCUUGGUCUUUGUGGAGUGCAGAAUCGGCGCCGAGAUGCUCGCCAAGUGCAUCAAAACGCAGUCCACCCUCAAGGCCGUUGUGCUCCACGGCGAGAAGACCAGCCGGGAGCGAGAAACAGCCCUGGAACAGUUCACGGAGGGGCAGCACGGGAUCUCGGUGUGCGUGGCGACCGGAGUGAUGGCACGCAGCAUCGCCGUGGAGGCCGAUCUGGUGCUCAACUACGAUAUGGCACUCUCAGUUGCAAGCUACAUCCAUCAAAUCCGGCGCUGCCGACCAAGCAAAGAUAAACUCGGCUGGGCAAUCACAUUCAUCAAUAGAGACCAUGAGAAGCUCAUCCCUGAGCUCGUCGCCAAGCUUAAUCAGCUCCCCGCCGGAACCGUGACACCGCUGCCUGCUCAGAUGAAGCGACACCAACGACCAUCAUGACCCGCACACUCCUGACUCGCCGACAAGCAAAUAUACCUCCAAGCCAAUCCAUAGUCGAUGGCGAGUUCGUGUGGAUAGCAUCUCUGCGUAUCUCACUGGGCUCUGGCGACAGAUGGUGCCGGUGGACAUACUGGCCGGACCAGCGUGCGCUCAGGAUCCAGAAUGGGGCGUCCACUGGCCUUGGUCAAUCGCUUGUACACUGUUAUUGGAUCGCCUUACACUUUAUUCAGAAAAAAACGGGACAAUAUAGCCGUUUCCAUGAACAUGUAGUAUGUGCU